GGGAACACCUGUAGACCUCAUCAACUAUGGCUCCCGCACCCACUGCGACGACUCUUGGCGGCGAGGGCACGACGUCGCACCGGCUCGCCACGACGGUGGCCGGCAAUGGCGCCCACGAGGGCGCCUUCAAGGCCAUGGUCGGCAACAAGGCCGGCGUCGCAAAGAACGCGGCGCGCUACGUGCUCGCGCCCGACGUCACUGCCGAGGCCUUUGAGGCCUUUAUCGACGAGGCAAAGCAGGCCGUGGGCGCCGACAACGUCCAUGUCAACCUCAGCGCCAGCAUCGAGGACCACGAGCGGGGCGACUACCUCCACCAGCCCCGCUUCCACGACUUCUUCCCCAUCGACGAGCUGGACAAGUACAUGGCCAGCGCCGCCAUCCAGCCGGCCAGCGUCGAGGAGGUCCAGGCGAUUGUCCGGGCCGCCAACAAGCACGGCCAGCCGCUGCACACCGUCUCCAUCGGCCGCAACCUCGGCUACGGCGGCUCGAGCCCGCGGCUGCGCGGGACGGCCAUCCUGGACCUGAAGCGGAUGAACAAGAUCCUGGAGAUCAACGAAAAGAGCGCCUAUGCGCUCCUCGAGCCGGGCGUCUCGUACUUUGAGCUCUACGAGCACCUGCAAAAGACGGGCAGCAACCUCUGGGUCGACUGCCCCGACAUUGGCUGGGGCUCCGUCGUGGGCAACGCGUGCGACCGCGGCGCCGGCUACACGCCCUACGGCGACCACUGGAUGUUCCGCUCGGGGCUCGAGGUGGUGCUGCCCAACGGCGAGCUCGUCCGCACGGGCAUGGGCGCCCUGCCGGACAACGACACCUGGCAGUGCUUCCCGUACGGCUUUGGCCCCUAUCACGACGGCAUCUUUUCCCAGUCGAACCUGGGCAUCGUGACCAAGAUGGGCAUCUGGCUGAUGCCCAACCCGGGCGGAUACGAGCCUUUCCUGAUCACUGUGCCCCGCAAGGAGGACCUGGGCCCAAUGAUGGACAUCAUCGGCCAGCUGCGCGUGCGCAUGGUCAUCCAGAAUGCACCCACGGUGCGCCACGUGCUCCUCGACGCCGCCUGUCUCAAGAGCAAGGCCCAGUGGACGGGCAGCGACACGGGCGCGCCGCUGGGCGAGGAGGAGAUUGAAAAGAUUGCAAGGGAGCUCAACCUCGGCUACUGGGGCUUCUAUGGCGCCCUCUAUGGGCCUGAGCCCGUCCGGCAGGGCAUCUGGCAGGCCAUCUGGGGCUCCUUCCAGCAGAUUUCCGGGGCCAAGUCCUUCUUUGAAAAGGACGUGGGGCCCGAGUCGAUUCUGCACUCGCGCGCAAAGACGCUGGCCGGCAUCCCCAACCUGCUCGAGCUCGACUGGAUCAGCUGGCGCGAGAACGGGGCGCACAACUUCUUUUCGCCCAUCUCGGCCGUGACGGGCGAGGCAGCCGUGGCCCAGGUGCAGCUCGUCGAGGAAAAGGCGCGCAAGUACGGCUUUGACUUUAUGAACACGCUCAUCGUCGGCCUCCGCGAGCUGCACAACAUCAACUGCCUCGUCUACAACCGCGAGAGCAAGGAGGAGCGUGACCGCAUGCGCGCAUGCAUCCACGAGCUCAUCGACGAGGCCGCCGCAAAGGGCUGGGGCGAGUACCGGACGCACAACGAGUUCAUGGACCACGUCGCAGGCACGUACAACUUCAACAACGGCGCACUGGCCAAGCUCAACGACACGCUCAAGGACGCCCUCGACCCCAACGGCAUCCUCGCGCCGGGCAAGUGCGGCGUGUGGCCCAAGCGGUACCGCGGCCGCAACCUGUGAUCUGGCGUCGGUGCUUUCCUUCCACCACGCGCCAGGGUGCUCUGUCUCGCAUAGUCCCGUGCAAUUUGAUGUGAUUCCCAGCUCUGCCACUGAAGCAUCGCGCAUGCCCGUGCGAGGAGAGAGGACUCCAGUUCAUGCACGUCUCUGGCAUUGACAGCACAGGGUGAAACGCAGCAGCAAGGGUC